UCCGGGUCGGGAUCGGGAUCGACCGAGUCUCAGACACAAGAAUGGGAUCUCCAUCGCCGACCUCAAUCGCCAUCGCGCCAAAAACGAUGAGUGAAGGGGGUAGGGAUGGCAGCAGCAGCGGCAGCAGCGAGGGGGGUCUCAAGUCGGGACAGGAAUCUGGAUCUCUAUCCAGGUGUUGCUGUUCCUUAUCCGGUUGUACAAGAUUGUUUUGCGUGGUUGGAAUGCUCUCCACGAGAAGGGGGAAAAUCAUUCCCGCCAAAAGUCUUCCCGCCAAAAUUAUUCCCGCCAAAACACCACCGUCGCCAUUGCCGCCCCCACUUCCCAUCAGUCAGCGUUGUUCACAGACCGCCGGCCUCGAACCCCUCACCACCUCUUGCUCCUCUUUCUCCCCCUCCUCCUCCUCUUUCUCCCAAUCCUCCUCCUCCUGCGCCUCCUCCUCCUCCUCCUCCUCCUCGGCUACCACCUGCUGGAUGCCCCAACUUCAACAGCGAAGGCCGCCUCCGGAAGUCGACACCGCCCCAGGCGGCGACGAUGACGGCUCGGAUCGCCAAGGUCGGGAUCGGGAUCUCGGAUGCUGCUACGGUUGCCGCACUUGCCACGGUGUUGGAAGCACCACCUCGGCAGGCGCUCUAUCCAUUGGCAAUUUGAGGGAUGGACACGUGGCUGCUGCUCCAGAUCAAGGAAAGAAGUCAGCGGCCAGGGCUGACUUGGGCGUUGACCAAGGAGGGGCGGGGAGCGCGGGGCGGCCCAUCUUAUUGAAAGAGGGACUAGGAGGAGGAGGAGGAGGAGGAGGAGGAGGGGAAGGGGAUAGGGAUCUGGGUGGGUCGGCGGAACACGGUGCCUGUGCCUUUGACAGGGCCAUCAACCCCGAUCCCGACAUCCACGUGUGCAGAGUGAACGACAUCUGAGGAGGAGGAGGAGGAGGAGGAGGAGGAGGAGAAAGAGAGUGGGGCAGAGGGCUAGGAGCAGGAGAAGGAGGAACAGGAGAGGGAGGAGGAAGAGAAAGAGGAGGCGGAGAAGGAAGAGGAAGUAAAGGGGUAGGAGGAGGAGGAGGAGGAGAACAGAGGUCGCGGGGUGGGGAUCCCUCUCUUGAUCGUCGCGAUCGCGAUGUAUUUGCGCGAAGCAAGGUGUCCAGAUACAUUCUAUCAGCUUGUGUGCCGCUCUGCUCUCCCAGGGAGGGUCUCUCCUCAAAGGGCACGUCGCAUGCUUCGUCCUUGGAGUCUUCCCGCCAACCAUCACCCAGAGCAAUCAUAUCUCUGUCGGGAUCCAGUGCCGGGACCCCAGCCAUCAAGGGGCCAGAUCCCGACGCUGCGAUCCCGUUCACAUGGCGAGACGAGUUGGCAAACGGUCAUCUGUUCCCCGAGGGUGAUGGGAUCGGGAUGUCUGCGGUCGGGAUGUCUGGACACCUAGCAGAAGGUAGAGAACAAGGUAGAGAACAGGACGGAGGAGGAGGUGGUGAUUGUGGGAGUACAGGAGAAACUGCAAUCAGACGGAAAGGAGAAGAGGAAGAAGAGAAUAGAGAGAAGGGUGAGAAGGGAGAGAAGGGAGAGAAGAGAGAGAAGGAAGGAGACGAGGUGGAGGGCGAUGGUGGCACGAAGAGUAGGAAGAAGAAGAGGACACGUGGAGAGGAGAAGACUCAUCAACGACGAGUGGAUAAGGUGUUAAUUAAGCUUUCUUCGAUGGAGAUGGUUCCCCUACGAUCUGAUAGAACAGAUGGCAGUCGUUCAACGCGUGACAGCCACGUGGCAGCCGCUCAACGGCCACAAACGAGUGUUGCGACGAUUGAGCAUAAUAAUAGUAAUAAUAGUAAUAGUAAUAGUAAUAAUAAAGGCAAUCAUCAGCAAUCAUUAGGAGCGGCACAGCUGUCAAGUGGGGAGAGGGAGCCUCCUCCUCCUGCUGCUGCUGCUGAGUCAGGAUUCGAUCGGAGGAUCUCGGCGACAAACCCAGGGCUUGUUUUGGAAAAGCCCCAGCCACGUGUCACCUGGACAGAGCAAUCACCGACUGACACGUGGACAUCUAAUCAAUCUACUACUAAUCAAAACGCUGCUGACAGCACUAUGCCACGUAUCAUCAGAUACGAAGAUGAGAGGAACGAUAAAGGGGUCGUUUCGAAAGAUCCCAUCGGGCUAUUUAUAGAUCCGGGUCUUGCUCAGGCUGCUGCUUCUCAUGUUUAUCAAGACGGCAAGCAACACGGUGGUGAUGCCACGUCACGUUCUCUCCCUCCCCCUCCUCCUCAUCCCCAUCAUGUUUAUCCACUUACCCCCAUCCCGAUCCCGAUCCCGAUCCCAGCAACCACAAUUCCCUCUCCCUCUCACGACGUUGAUCAUCAUCGUUUAUCUAACGGUCAUCAAGGAGGAGGAGGAGGAGGAGGAGGAAAAGAGGUUAUUAAUGACGCAUAGCAAGGAGGAUUAAAUGAAGUUCCUGAAUCUGG